AUGGCAGCCGUCUCACGAGCCUGCCGGAUCCGCAACCCAGCUUUAUUCCCUACCCUGACCAAAGCACCAGGCAAACUGACAAGAAAAACAAGCAUCACCACAACCACCAAGCUCCUCAAAGCCUCCUCAACGCUCAACAUCCCCGUCUACAUCACAACACAGAACCGCCCCCGGCUAGGCGACGUCGUCUCCGAACUGCGCCCCUACCUCUCCACCCCGCUCGUCCGCGCAAACAUCGACAAGACCCUCUUCUCGAUGAUCACGCCGGAACUGGAUGCCCUGCUUCCGAACGCGAAGGCUGGCGAGCAGCCCCUCGAUGUGAUCAUCGUGGGGAUAGAGACGCAUAUCUGCAUUACGCAGACGACGCUGGAUCUGCUUGAGCGCGGGCAUAGGGUGUAUGUGAUUGUUGAUGGGGUGAGCAGUAUGAAUAAGGAGGAGAGGGGGGUGGCGCUUGCGCGGCUGCAAGAUGCCGGGGCGAUUGUGACGAGUAGUGAGGGGGUUUUGUUUGAGAUUUUGGGGGAUGCGGGCAGGGCGGAGUUCAAGGCUGUUAGUGGGUUGGUGAGGGAGAUGAAGGACGAGACGAGGGAGGCGAUGGAGGUGUUUUCGAAGAUUUGA